AUGCCACGUGGGAGGCGGCGGAGCCGCCGUCGGCGCCGGGCCGGAACCGCGGCCCCCCUGACGUUGGGGACGGCGCUCGCCGGGCGUCGGGAGGAGGGGAGGUCUCGGAGCCCCCGGGACCGCAGCGCGGUGGCCGAGACCCGAUGGGUGCUCGGCGCCGUGGCGCCCGGCUCGCGGCUCGGCCUCCCGGGCCUAGAGGCGCUGGCGGCGGCGGCCGGGCCUAGGGGCGGCUCCCCGCCCUGGGCGGCGCCCGCGCUGCUCCAGGUGCCGGCGGCGGCCCAGCCGGCCCCGCGGCGGGACGGCAGCGACCUGCCCGCCUGCGCGCCCGCCGCCCUGGCCGUGCUGCGCCUGCAGCCGGGCGCCGAGGGAGCGGCGCGGGCUGCGGCGGCGGCGGCGGCGGCCGGGGCCGCGCCGCGCCUGCGGACCGUCUACGUGAACCCGCGCUGGUUGGAGCGGCAGGCCGCGCUGGGGGCGGCGGCGGCAGCGGCCAGCCCCUGCGCCGAGGCGGCGGCGGCGGCGGCGGUGGCGAACAGCGCGGCCGGGGACCCGGCGGCGUCGGCGGCGGUGUCGGCGUCGGCCGCGGCGGCGGGGCAGGGAGAGGCGGCGGCGGCAGCGGCGCCAGCUGCGGCGCCCGCGCCCGCGCCCCCCACGGCGGAAGCGGCGGCCACCCCCUACGUGGGGCUGCGGCGGCCCUUGGGCUACCAGCUGGCCAAGGCCACCAAGGAGCGCAUCUGGCGGGGGGAGUUCAUUGACCUCUUUUCCUUGCUCCACACAGAGCUGACCCCCGAGCACGGCCCGCACCCGGGGGACACGCUGGACCAGUGGGUGUCGGCCUUUCUGGUGUACGCCAGCGUGGUGUGCGAGAAGCACCCGGCGCGCUGCGGGGCCAUGUUCAAGUACCUGGACACCAUCCGUAAGCUGCACGCCACCUACGGGGGCACCUCGUGGAUGAACUACGACGAGGACUUCCGGCGGCGGGCGGCCAAGGACCCCAACCUGCCGUGGGGCGACGUCGACUUGGACCUGUGGAUGAAGUGGAUGGCCCCGCUCAAGUCGCUCCUCAGCAGGCACAAUCGUUUCGAGAGCGAGCCGCAGACCGCGCCACCGGCACAGCCACCGCCUUCAUCAUCGUCCUCAUCCCAGAGCCCCAAGAAGGAGGAGAAGAGCCAGACUCCGUGAAAGCAGAAGGCCAGUUGGAAUGGCAGGCAGAAUAAGUGGCCUGACUCCGUUGGUGUUUAAGUGGAGCUCUGGUAUUCUAGUGCAUUCUUUUACCUCUGCUUCUGUUGCGUUGCAAGCUGUGCUAGAGAAGACGUAGGAAAUUCAUUUUACCCAAUCAGCAAUUGUAACAAUGGACUACAAACCUGCAGAGCAAGCCAGUUUGCUGGAAAACAGGAAUUCCUGCAGCGCAGCACUUGUCACAGACUAUCCAAAGAGGGCAAAGAUUCAGGAAAGUGAAUAAAUUGAACAUUGAUUGAAUGAGGUCAGGAACAGUCUCCCGGAGGAGAGCCCUGCCCUAAAAUACUACUUUGAGAGUAUAAGCCAAUUUAAUGCGCAGAUUAACCCUUCUCAUUUGAGCAAACUUGUGUGCAAUCCUGGAUCUUUGCAGAUCACGACUGGACACUUCAAAAAAAAAAUAAAAAAAAAAAUCUGUGU